AUGCCCCCAGGGAAGUAUGGGAUGCAGGAGGAGUGGGAGAAGGAGGGGGACCAGGAGAUCAACAUGGACUUCCUGCUGCCGACUGGGAUCUUCCUCAAAUUCCCCGUGUCUCGAAACGAAACCAUCAGAACCAUCAAAAAGAUGGUUUGGAAAAAUGCCCGAAGCGAGGCCCUGUACUGUGGACUCGGUGACCCCGACGGCUACGUCUUCACCUGCAUCAACGAGACGGCGGAGAGGGAGGAACUGGAGGAAGAGUCGAGGCGGAUCAACGACGUGCGGCCUUUCAUGUGCGUCCUGAGGCUGGUGGCCAGGGAGGGAGACCGAGGGGAGAAACUCAUCAACUCUCAGAUCAGCCUGCUGAUUGGAAAAGGUCUGCACGAGUUUGACGCCCAGAAGAACCACGAGGUGGAUGAGUUUCGAAGCAAGAUGCGAACGUUUUGCGAAGAGAAGGCUCAGGAGCGACAGAGUUUGCCGUGGCAGCAGUGGAUGGAGUACAGCUACCCGUGUGACCUGGAGCCAUGCUGCUCUCCGCCGGUGCACGGCGGCACCAAGCUAAAAACUAACAAGAAGCUCUUCGUCAAUGUCAAGUUUGAGGCCUGCGAUGAAAGCUUUAUGCUGCAGCAGGACCCUCAGGACCGCCCGGUGGCUUUGAUUAAGAGCGCCCUGAAAAAGAGGGCCACCGUUUUCCGCUCAGUGAGGCAGGAGCCUGAGGACUACACCUUACAGGUCAACGGGAGGCUGGAGUUCCUCUACGGGAACCACCCUCUGAGCCAGUUUAAAUACAUUUUCUCAUGCUUGAGGAAUGGCCAGAACCCUCAGCUCACCAUGGUGCACCACUCCACCAUCAGCAAAUAUCAGGAGGAACAGAGCAGAGUCGGCAGCCAGAUGUGCAAGACUCGCUCACUGUCCAGACCGCCCCCUCUGCCCAUGAAGAAGCAAAACACCUCCUGCCUGUGGUCCAUAAAUGAGCCCUUCUACAUUCAGCUGCUGCAGGGCAGCCGAGUUAACGCAGAUGAAGGAAUGAAGCUUGUGGUGCAGGCCGGCCUGUUCCACGGCAGUGAGCUGCUUUGUAAGGUGGUGACGAGCUCCGAGGUGACGGUGUGCUCCGAGCCGCUGUGGGAUCAGAAGCUGGAGUUUGACAUAAACGUGUCCGACCUGCCCCGCAUGAGCCGCCUGUGCUUUGCCCUCUAUGCUGUCAUUGAGAAGGCCAAGAAACCCCGCGGCACAAAGAAGAAGAAUAAAAAAGCUGACUGUCCAAUAGCCUGGGUCAACACCAUGGUGUUUGACUACAAGGACCAGCUGAAGACUGGGGAGUUCCUCUUAUCCACAUGGCCAUCUGUACCUGAUGACAAAAGUGAGCUGUUAAAUCCGAUGGGAACAGUCGAGAAGAACCCCAAUGUGGACAGCGCCGCUGGGCUUCUCAUUCGCUUCCCCAACAUUCGGCCACACCCGCUCUAUUACCCUCCACUCGACAAGGUACUUUCUCCUGAAAAGAACGGUGAUGCGGUUUUCAUCACUAAAGAGGAGCACACGAAGCUAAAAGAAAUCAUGGAUAACAAAAAUUACACCGAGUUUUUCGAGGAUGAGAAAGAGCUCCUGUGGAAGCUUCGCACAGAAGUCCGCGACUAUUACCCUGAAAGUCUGUCCAAGCUGCUCCUCAUCACCAAGUGGAACAAGCAAGAGGACGUAGCUCAGAUGGUGAAUUUACUGAAAUAUUGGCCCGAUCUUCCCGCCAUCCACGCCUUGGAGCUCCUGGACUACAGCUUCCCUGACCCAGCGGUCCGGUCCUUCACCAUCAGAUGCCUCAGAAAACUCCGAGACGAUGAGCUGCUGCAGUAUUUAAUCCAGCUGGUUCAGGUACUGAAGUAUGAGUCCUACUUAGACUGUGAUCUCACCACUUUCCUGCUAGAGAGGGCGCUGUCCAACAGGAGGAUAGGACACUUCCUGUUCUGGCAUCUCAGAUCAGAGAUUCAUGUGGCAUCUGUGAGUUUGCGCUUUGGCCUGAUUUUGGAGGCUUACUGCAGGGGAAACAUCCAUCACAUCAAGCUUUUAACCAGACAGAACGAAGCUCUGGGUAAAAUGAAAGCCCUAAGUGACAUUGUGAAGUCGGGCUCUCAGAAAAUGAUGGUGGAUGACCUGAAGCUGUGUAUCAGACAGGAGUCGUACAAAGAGGCCCUGUCAGACAUGUUGUCACCACUCAACCCCAGCAUCAUCCUCCCCGAGAUCUUCGUAGACAAGUGCAGAUUUAUGGACUCGAAGAUGAAGCCGCUCUGGUUGAUAUAUAAGAAGCUCACAGAUCAAGGAGACAUGGUGGGAAUUAUCUUCAAAAAUGGAGACGAUCUUCGUCAAGACAUGUUGACCCUGCAGAUGAUCCAGCUGAUGGAGAAUCUGUGGAAGAAGGAAGGCCUGGAUCUUAGGAUGAUCCCAUACGGCUGCCUGUCCACUGGGAACAAAACAGGGCUCAUCGAAAUAGUGAAAAACUCGGACACCAUCGCCAACAUCCAGCGAAACUGCAGUAACAGUGCAGCGACUGCAGCCUUUAACAAGGACGCCUUGCUCAACUGGCUCAAAUCUAAGAAUCCUGGAGACAAACUUGAUCAAGCAAUAGAGGAGUUCACACUUUCCUGUGCUGGCUACUGUGUAGCUACUUAUGUUCUGGGAAUUGGAGAUCGCCACAACGACAAUAUCAUGAUCAGGGAAACUGGACAGUUGUUCCACAUUGACUUUGGACACUUCCUGGGCAACUUCAAGCGAAAACUUGGGAUAAACAGAGAGCGUGUGCCUUUUAUCUUGACUUACGACUUUGUUCAUGUGAUCCAGCAGGGGAGGACGAACAAUAGUGAGAAGUUUGAGAGAUUCAGGGAAUACUGUGAGCGAGCUUAUAAGAUCUUGUGCAGGAACGGGUCACUGUUUGUCAACCUUUUUGCUAUGAUGAAGGCAGCAGGACUGCCCGAGCUCACCUCCUCCAAGGAUAUCCAGUAUCUGAAGGAUUCCUUAGCUUUGGGCAAAUCUGAGGAGGAAGCAUUGAAGAAUUUCAAAGUCAAGUUCAACGAAGCUUUACGGGAGAGCUGGAAGACGAAGGUCAACUGGAUGAUGCACUCCUUGGCCAAAGAUAACCGACCGUGA